UUUGCUAUGAUUAAACAUGUGUUUACUAGGGGUUGGUGAGGCGUGGAAUCUUGGGCAGACAGGAAGAACGCGGGUCCUUUAAUACGGCGGUGGCGCGCGUUAUCUGUUUGCCUUCUGUGUAGUCCUAUCAUCUACGGGAGGACUGAACACCGACUUGUGAGCCCAGCAGCAUAUUCCCCUGCACCUUGGGGAUUGAAAGCACGCAUGUGGCUUAUUGCCUUGCUGCGCUGAACUAUGGGAGAGACUGAGAAAGUGGCAAGUGACGCAGCACAAACAGAAUCCAAUAUCCAGAAAAAAGAAAAGGAGAAAAAGAAAAGGUCACGAGUUAACAAGGUGCUUGCUGAGAUUAAAAAGCAGGUUGAAUUUUGGUUUGGUGAUGUAAACCUCCACAAAGAUCGUUUCCUUCAGGAACAGAUUCAAAAAUCCAGAGAUGGAUAUGUUGACAUAUCUGUGCUGACAGUGUUCAACAAAAUGAAAAAAUUAACCACUGAUGUAAAACUAAUAGCAAGAGCAUUAAGAAAUUCAGAUGUUAUUGAGCUUAAUGUAGAAGGAACAAAAUUAAGAAGGCGCAUGGCAUUAGGAGUGCAGCCCCAAGAUAUUGAUGACCGUACAGUUUAUGUGGAGUUGCUACCUAAAAAUGUUACUCACAGCUGGAUAGAGCGUGUAUUCAGUAAAUGUGGAAAAGUGGUCUACAUCAGCAUUCCUCGUUACAAAACAAGUGGUGACCCUAAAGGAUUUGCAUUUGUUGAAUUUGAAACUCUACCUGGAGCCCAGAAAGCCAUUGAGGUAUUGAAUAAUCCUCCAGAAGAUGCACCACGAAAGCCUGGUGUUUUCCCCAAAACAGUGAAGAGCAAACCAGUUCCUGGUCUUAAUUCCAGUGACUACAAUCCCCCAGAAGAGAAGAAAAAAAAGAAAAAGAAAAAAUCUCGAAAGACAGAAUGUUGCAAGUCAGCCGCAGAAGUGAUGGACCAAUCCCAUAAAGAACAUGCUGAGGCGUCAGAAAAAGUGAGAGGGAACAGAAUUGUGUCUGACUGUUCUGAAACUGAUGUGCCAGACCUUUGCAAGCCUAGACCAAAAGGCGAAAUGCGUAAACGAGAAAAAGAAGAGACAAGUCGGAGAAAGCGAAAGAGAUGCAGUCCUGAAAAGGUGGAAGAACUAUCCUCUGCAAAAGUGAGAAGAGUCACUGGCAGAGAGAAAGAAAAGACAGACAGUGAAAAGGACAUCAAAGAUGCUUCAACUGAAGAUGAACAUGGUUCAGGUGACAAGAAAGAGGAAUCUAUGUCAAAAAGCAAAAGAAAACGGAAGAAAAAGCACAAAGAUAGACACAAAGUGGAAGAAGAGGUUAUACCUCUGAGAGUACUAUCCAAGAAAGAGUGGAUGGACUUAAAGCACGAAUACUUGACACUGCAGAAAUCCAGCAUGUCCAACUUGAAGAAAACGAUGUUAGAGAUCAAACAGAAAAAUGACAGUGAGGGAAUUGAGGAGACUGACAAAACCAAACAGGAAUGUCUAAAUGCCAAAGCAAAGGUUAACGAUGAAGGAACCUGUCCCUCUGUGAAGGUUAACACCCUGGGGCCACAGUUUGUGAGUGGAGUCAUUGUGAAGAUCACCAGUACUGAACCCCUGCUGGGCAGGAAACAGAUCAAGGAUGCUUUGAUGAAGUUGUCUGAAGUUUCGUAUGUGGACCUCCUUGAAGGUGAUACCGAGGGACAUGCUCGGUUUAAAACUCCUGCAGAUGCCCAAUCUGUAAUGAAAGCACAUCGAGAAAUACAGAGUAAAUACAAUUGGAAACUUGAACUUCUCUCAGGUGAUGGUGAGCAGCGUUAUUGGCAGAAGAUCUUAGUAGAUAGGCAAGCAAAAUUAAACCGACCACGGGACAAAAAGCGGGGCACUGAGAAGUUGAUUGGCAAGGCUGAAAAAAUUAUCGUGGCCAAGACGCACAAAGCUGGCAAGCACAUACUUUUCUCUGAAGAAGACUAAGAAUGUCAUACCAAAAUAUCUUCUUUCUUUUGAAAGGAUAUUUUCUACUUUCAAAAAAUUAAGUUUUAUACUGUGUAUUAAUACUAUUUACAGUAUUCCAAAAGAUGUUCAGUUAUACUUUUAAGAAAUGCAGCAAUAUGUUUGCAAUAUGUAGAUUGUAUAAAUUUGAACUUGCUGUAUUUUCAUUGUUGCUGUAGUCCCACAAUUUAAAAUCUACAAAUCAUUUUCCAUAAUGUUCCUGUGUUACUUAAUCCUGAAUCCUGAAGUUCGAUUAAUCCUGAAGGACAGUUAGAUAAUAUUUUAGAUGUAUGAUCCCAGAAGUUUUUGAAUUUUGCUUUGAGAAAUAGAAUUUAGGGUAAAUAAGAUACAGAUUGUGAUUCUGUUUUUAAAAGUCAAAAAUAUGUUUUGCAUUUCGUCAAGGUAGAUUUACAGAUUUGGAAAUGGAUUGGGAAGAGAUUUACAGAAUGUAUUUGUUUUUUGAGUAGGUACCAGUGAACAUCAGUGUAAAAACUCCAAAGAUUUGCUUUUUUAAACUUUAUUAGUCAAUAUGUUGUGCAAAAUAACAAUUAGGAAAUCAAAUUUAGGACCUAACCUGUACAGUAUCUGAAUUGACCGGUUUCACUCCUUUUUGUAACAUCUCACUUCUUGGAAAAUAUACAUAUGCAGUUGUGUGAUUGUAUAGUCCAGAGUGAUCCCUUCCGUAGUUGAUAGCUCAAUAAUACUCACUGGAGGUUUGCCUGUGAAAAAUAGCUGAAGGUGAAGACACUGAAGACUCGAAGCUGGAUGCAAGCAUACAGAUUGCACCUGUUAAAGGGAGAGUAAAGAGACUCAUUUCAUAUUUGCAUUAUAUUGGAUGAGCAUAAACCCCAACCGCUGUACUCUUAAUGUCAGAUAAUGGCAUGGAUCCGGAAUGGGAGCGUUUUGAUCUGUAAGCACAUCAGAUGCUCACUUCUCACAUCUUUGUUGAAUAAGGUGUCUGAAUAUAAGCUUAAUUCUAUUAAAAUUUGCAUUCCUAGAAUUACUCCUUUUGUGCUCUGUUUGAAAAGGACGAAUCUUUUGAGGCAAUUCUGGUGCCUGUAAAAUUAGGGUUUAAUUUCAACUGUUUAGUGGAGAAGUACCUAACUAGCGAACUACUUACAAUGCCUGUAGAGUAUUCUUCCCCCAACCUUUUGUACACCUAAACUAAAAAUUCAAAAACUGAAAUGUCAGCACUUUUAAAAGUACUCAUUCCCUCCCCCCUCCCCCCCCACCCCCAUGCCUUUGCUCAGUAAUUAGUUGAAGCAUCUCUUGCAGCUAUUACAGCCAGUAGCCUUUUUGGAUUAGUUUCUAUUAGCUUUGCACAACAUGAAUGACUGAAUAUUUUAAAAUCUUACAUCUGUCCCACAGUGUGAGGAAGUAAAAAUCUUUACAUUAUAGCUCCGUCGUAAUGUACAGACAUGUGAAUUUAAAAAUCUAAUAGCUUGGAGAAAGAAGCUGUCCUGAAGCCUGUUGGUCCUGGCUUUAAUGCUGCAAUACCAUUUGACAGAUGGAAGCAGCUAGAACAGUUUCUGGUUGGGGUGACUGGUCUCCCUCAUGAUCUUCCGGGCCUCCUUUACACACCUGCUGCUGUAAAUAUCCUCAGUGGAGGUAAGUUCACACCCACAGAUGUGCUGGGCUGUCUGUACUGCUCUGUGCAUUGCCCAGUGUUCAAGGCUAGUGCAGUUCCUGUACAGCCAGUCAGGAUGCUCUCAAUGGUGCCCCGUAGAAGGUCUUGAGGAUUAGGGGGCCGAUGCUGAACCUCUGCAGUUACCUGAGGUGGAAGAGAUGCUGUUGUGUUUUUUUUUGCCACACAGCCUUUGUGUACAGUCCAGGUGAGAUCUUUGGUGAUGUGUAUAUACUGAGGAACUUGAAGCUACUCACCCUCUCAACUGCUGUCCCAUUGAUGUUGAUCAGGGAAAGCCUGUCUCCAUUACUCCUGUAAUCCAUGAUGGGCAAGACUUGCCCAUUCCUCACUUGCAAAGUUGCUCAAGCUGUGCCAGUUCAGUUGGGGAGUAACAGUGGACAGUAAUCUUGAGGUCUUGCCAGAAAUGUUGGUUGAGGUUAAAGUUAGAAUUAUGACUAGGUCACUCAAGGACAUCGAUUUUUCUUCAUUUGAAGCCACUCCAUGUUUGCUCUCGUCCUGCUGAAAGACAAACUUCCACCCCAGUUUAAGUUUUCUGCCAGAGGCAAGCAGGUUUUUAUCCAGGAACUCUCUGUAUUUAACAGCGCUCAUCUUCCCAUCAAUCCUGAUCAGAUUUCCAGUCCCUGCUGUUGAGAAGCAUCCCCAUAGCAUGAUGCUGCCACCACUAUAGUUUGCAAUUGGAAUGGUGCUACCUGGCUGAUGUGCUUUAUUAGAUUUACGUAUGCCACAUGUACUGCUUAGUGUUAUGGCCAAAAUGUUCCAUUUCAGUCUGAUCCAACUACAAGACAUUCUUCCACAUCCUUACAGUAUCUUCUAAGUGACAUCUUGCAAAGUCUUUAUGGGCAAGGAUAUGCUUUUUUAGUCAGGGUUUCUACAUGCACAAAAUGUGUACUUAAGGAAAAGUGGCUAAGCCUUCAAGAUUGUGAGACAUGAAUUUCAUCUCCAGUUGCAGCCACUGACUUUUGCAGCUCACACAGAGUGACUGUUGGCAUCACAGUAGCCUCUCUUUCAAGUGCCAUUCUUCAGCAACUGCGUUUAGAGGGAAGGCCUGACCUAGGCAGUGUGGCUGUCGUUUCAUAUUUUUUCCACUCUAUCACGAUGGAUUACUCGAAGCUCAGAGGUACAUUCAGUGCUUUUGAGGUAGCCUUGUAUUCUCCCUCAGAUUUGUGCUUCUCUAUUAUCAUUUCUCUAACUCCUCUUUUGUUUUCAUUUUGUUUUGGUCUAUUGAAAAUCUACCAUGCUGUUUGACCUGGGGGGGGGGUCAAGUGACCCUCCAAUUCUCUGCAUCAACAAAUUGGGUAAGUUGGUAAGGUAGUAUACAGUAUUGCAACUGAGGAAUGUUAGCAUAGAAAUUUCAAAGGGGGUGAAUACUUUUUCAGCCUCAUAAUUUUCAUUUUGGAUUUUCAGUAAAUUGACAAGUUUUAGAAUUUUUCUUUCAAUUUGAUAUGAUACAAUGUUUUGUAGAUUAGUUCAAAAAAUCCUACUUCAAUAUACUUUAAAUUUAGAAAAUAAGAUGGUAAAAUGCAGAACUAGUUGUGGGAGCCGAAUCCAUUUUCAAGGCACUGUAUACCAACACUUUUUAGCAUUGUUUGGCUGUUGUGAAAUUUCUCCAAUAUAUUGGUAGUGUUUUUUACAUAUCCAACAAUAAGAUUGCUUCAGUAAACAGUUCUGGAAUGUAAAUGUGAUUCGUCCUUUGAGGCUUUUUCAGCUCCUCCUUUUCCUGGAGUCAAUUGACUUUUUAUUGGGGUACAGAUUCAUGCAUCCAUGCCAUAUGAGCCUGCAGUUCACAGCUACUGCAUACACCAGCAGGGGAAGGAAAUAAUUCAGAAUGGAGAGUAACUCUGUCCUGAACCAGCUACUCUUCCUAUUAAAGUUGCCCAGUGAUAUUCAGUUUUUUUGAAUUGUUGUCUUUUCUAUUCCUGCCAAUAUGUCACUCUUGACCUGGGAUUGAAUGUGAAAUAUUUCUGUGUGGCUCAACAUUGUUAGCAGAUUGAGACACAGGAGUGCAAAUUAAUGUCCAUUUGCAGUAGGUAUAGUUAACAGAAGCUGCAUUUUUCCUGUUUCCAGUGCAUUCGCCCUACCUUAAGUGUAGUACAGGUCAAACAUGCUUUCUUGUGCUGUUAGAACUCUUAACAGCCACCCUAAAAUAUAAGUAAAUUGAUCUUCAGAAACCUCUAGGCACAGGCACAAUGAAAAUACACCCACUGGAUACAAAUGUAACAAGAGGAAGCAGCAGGGACAGUUGCCCAAGGCCACCUAAAGUGGAGAAUUUUGAUGUGACCAUUUUAAAAGAACUCUUUCCCUGUGAGGUAUUAAUAUGCAAGUCUUGUCUCUGUAUGGGGUGAGGCACUUUUAAUGCAGGAUUGAGUCACAGCAUGUGGUCCACCUCCUCUUGAUGAAUGAGGACCACUAACACUUAAGUGACUAAUCUACUUUCAGAAGAUACUUAAUUGGAAUUCCAUUCAUGCAAUUCCUCAAGCAAAUGCUCAAUCGUUUUCUAUCUUUGGCUUUUCACAGCUAACAGUCACUUCCUCUUUCACACCUCCCAAAUUCCUAGAUUCAAACUUACUUGUGAGGUCAAAAAAUAUAAAAUGUAAUUGAUGUUUUAUAUUCAAUUCAUUUAGUGUUUUAAAAUACAUUUUCUGUUUUUCUCGUUUCAAAUAACAAAUGUAGAAAUGAACUUUAAUGUUUUAAAAUGGAUGUAACUUUUAAAUUUGUUGUUUUUUCUCUCAAUAGUAACUGUACUGGUCUAUUUUACUAUGCUUUUUCAACCUACUGCAGCUACGUUCUCUUUUUAUAGAAGUAAUUUGUCCAAUUUGCUGACACUGUUGAUAAUUCCUGUUCUUCAUAUUUUUGCAGUACUUUAAAUUCAAUAUUAUUACGGACAUGUAAUGGGAAUUCAGAGCAUCAGACAUGUAAAGUAAGGUAACUCAUUGGUACUCAGUUUGGGUUGCUGGCAAUGAACAAAUUAAAGAACGAAACAGAUUUGAGGCUUAAACAUUAGUUUACACUAAGUUCUUUUUCUAGCAAAGGAAAGGCUGAAAUUUCUGCAGACUGCUUGGAGUGGGUCACCAGACAGCCCUAUCAAGAAAAUAAUGUGGGAUCAUAUUUGGAUGAGGGCCAUACUGAAGAAAAUGACAGAAGAAAUGAUGAUCAGAAGAAUUUGGUUAAUUCCACAGUUUUAAUUUGAGAUACCACAAUGCAAUUGGUGUUUUGAGGCUUGCUUUCAUUAGUCAAACAUUUUUAAAUGUGAUCAAUACAUAUCUCUAUUCCUUCACUUGAAUACAAACAUGUCUCUUCAACUGAAGCAUUUGUACAUGCAUAAUAUGGAUAUAUUUGAUUCCAGAUUAUUUAUGGAUCA